AUGGGAUACACUCCGCUGCAUGUGGCGUGUCACUAUGGAAACGUGAAGAUGGUCAACUUCCUGCUAAAGAACCAGGCCAAGAUCAACGCCAAAACUAAGAACGGAUACACCCCCCUCCAUCAGGCGGCCCAGCAAGGCCACACCCACAUCAUCAACCUACUGCUGCAGCACGGAGCCUCUCCCAACCAAGUCACUGUGAAUGGUAACACAGCCCUGUCCAUAGCCAGGAGGCUGGGGUACAUCUCUGUAGUGGAUACUCUGAAGGUCGUCACUGAGGAAACACAGACCACUCUGACGGUGACCGAGAAACAUAAGAUGAACGUUCCAGAAACCAUGAAUGAGGUUCUGGACAUGUCAGAUGAUGAGGAGAUGGAAUUUCAGUGUGUCUACGAGAGCUACUGUC